UGGCGGAUGGGCGGAGCGACGGAGAAAAGACAACUGCAAAGAUAAGCUCCACAUAAAAUUUAUCUAGGGUCGGAGAUCAAAAUAGUAAAGAAUUUGUGACUUCUGCGCUGUGCACUGUUUAUAUUUCAUUUAUUGAUAAGAAGGAGGACAAGGCAGGAUGAACGGAGACUCUGGUGCAGGAGUGGUGACAGCCCCUCCUCCCACUACAGCGCCACACAAGGAGCGCUACUUUGAUCGAGUGGAUGAGAGCAACCCAGAGUACCAGAGAGAGAGGAACAUGGCCCCUGACCUCAGGCAGGACUUCAACAUGAUGGAGCAGAAGAAGAGGGUGUCUAUGAUACUGCAGAGCCCGGCUUUCUGUGAGGAGCUUGAGACCAUGAUUCAGGAUCAGUUAAAGAAAGGCAAGACGCCUACUAGCUUGCUGGCUCUGCAACAGAUCGCAGACUUCAUGUCCACAAGCAUGCCCUCCAUAUACCCUGCUGCUCCACAAGGAGGCAUGGCUUCACUCAACAUGAGUUUAGGGAUGGUGACUCCAGUCAAUGACCUGCGUGGCUCAGACUCCAUUUCCUAUGAUAAGGGUGAGAAGAUGCUACGCUGCAAGUUGGCAGCUUUCUACCGGCUCACUGAUCUUUUUGGCUGGUCACAGCUUAUCUACAACCAUCUAACAGUCAGACUGAAUGCAGACCAGGAGCAAUUCCUAAUUGUUCCUUUUGGACUUCUGUACAGUGAAGUCACUGCCUCUAGUCUGGUCAAGUUAGAUCUUCAAGGUGAAAUAGUGGAUCGGGGCAGCACCAACCUUGGAGUGAACAAGGCUGGCUUUGUUCUCCAUUCUGCCAUUUAUUCAUCAAGGCCAGAAGUCAAAUGUAUUGUUCAUGUGCACACAGCUGCAGGUGCUGCGGUUUCAGCAAUGAAAUGUGGCCUCUUGCCUAUCUCACCUGAAGCAUUAUCUCUUGGUGAGGUGUCUUACCACGACUAUCAAGGCAUACUACUGGAUCAAGAGGAAUGUGCACUCAUACAGAGAAACUUAGGGCCCCAAAACAAAGUCCUUAUUCUUAGGAAUCAUGGCUUAGUGGCUGUAGGUGAAACAGUGGAGGAAGCCUUCUAUUACAUACACAACCUGAUCACAGCCUGUGAAAUCCAGGUGCGAACGCUGGCCAGCGCUGGAGGGCCAGACAAUCUUGUCAUGCUGGACCCUAGCAAAUACAAGUCACGCCCACGUGUUCCAGAGGUAGAGGGGGAUGGGCCAUCUACUCAGCCCAAGUGGCAAAUUGGGGAGCAAGAGUUUGAGGCUUUCAUGCGAAUGUUAGAUAACCUGGGUUACCGGACAGGCUAUCCUUAUCGCUGUCCUGCUUUAAGAGACAAAACUAAAAAGUACAGUGAUGUGGAUCUUCCCUCUGGUCACGGUGGUUACUCCUAUGGGGAGGACAGUGACUCAGGGGCCCGCUCCCCACUCAAACACAGCUUCCAGCGCGGCCAGCGCGACAAGACUCGCUGGCUCAAUGCGGCUGGCCGACCUGACGAGCCGUACGACGAUGGGCCAGACGGCAGCAGCCCCAAGUCCAAGCCAAAGUGGACCAAGGAAGAUGGAGUUCGUCAAGCUGCUGUAGCCAAUCAGUUUAUUCCCCUCAACACCAACCCUAAAGAGGUUCUGGAAAUGAGGAAUAAGAUUCGUGAACAGAAUUUGCAAGACAUAAAGACGGCGGGUCCCCAGUCUCAGGUUCUUUAUUCUGGAUCAGUGGUGGAAAGAACCUACAUCCAGGAUGCCCCUCUGUCUGACUGUACAGAUACUAUUGAUGGCCUUGAUGUGUCCGAGGGGUCCUAUAGUCCUGCUAAAUCAUUUAGAAAGGGGGAGUUGGUGACUGCAUCUAAAGCCAUCAUUGAAAAGGAGUACCAACCCAAGGUUAUUGUCAGUAAGCAGGGUCCCAAUCCAUUCACCAAACUCACUGACCAGGAGCUGGAGGAGUACCGCAGAGAGGUGGAGCUCAAACAAAAAGGCCUUGAAGCCUUGGCAAAAGUGAAUCCCAAGGAGGGAACAGCCUCCACCUGUCUUGGAGCUCUCCUGACCUCCACAGCAGCGAUUUCUGAGUCAGUUUCGCCUUGUGUACCGUCUGCCAAUGACUCUCCCAGUUUAGAUCGGGUGGCUCCUCCCCCUGCCACACCCGCCUCUGAGCAGGACUUGUGUGCAGAUGGCUUAGGGGAAUCUGCAGAUGAUGUUUUUGCUGCAACAGAGGAGGAAGUACGUGCUCUCGAGUCCCCCCAGAAGGAGUUCCACAGUGCCGUGCUGCGGGCCCUCAGCAGGGAGCCUGUAGUGGUAGAUGCGGCUGAGGCGGUGCAGGCCACAGAGCAAACUGAGGAACCGGAGGAUGAAGCUAAAGAGUUGAAGGUUGUCUCCACUCCCCCUAGCACCCCUGUCCGAGCAGAGGAAGAGUCCUUGCCAGACCAGACCUUUAAAGAUGAGAGUGAUGCUGCCACCCUGAGACAGACCCUCCCUGAUCUGACCCCUGAUGACCCCUCUGAUGCUACAGCUCCCCCUGCUGAGGACUCUGCAACAGCUGCAGAAGAUGCUGCCCCUGACCCAGCUGCAGAAGAUGCUGCCCCUGACCCAGCUGCAGAAGAUGCCGCCCCUGACCCAGCUGCAGAAGACUCCACCCCUGCUCCAACCGACAUGGCCGAGGGGGAGGAGCUUGCUGAAGGGGAACAGGAGGGCGAUGACUCCCCUAGCAAGUCCCCCUCCAAAAAGAAAAAGAAGUUCCGUACACCUUCCUUUUUGAAAAAAAACAAGAAAAAGACCGAACCAUAGCUUUGAACACCUCCAUUUACAUUUGCUCCCUGCAAAAUGUCACACUUAACAGUUAAGCUUUUCAUUCUCAUCUAUGAUUUUUUUGUGUUAGCGUGUGCCAACUUUGUAUACAAUGUAUAAACCUAAUUACAUAAUGGUUUUUGAUAUUGGCUUUAAGUAGAGAUGCAUUCAGUCCAUCCUGUCUAACUGCUUAAUGCAUGUUUAUUAGCACAUUUUAACUGUGGUUUAAGGAUUUUAACCAACUGUUUUAUUUUAUAUCAACUGUUGUAACCACUAGAAUGUAAUGGGAUUGUAACAGUGUUCAGUGAACAAUGAAUGGAUCUUGUAUCUUCAUUUAUUGGUAACCCCUUGCAGUUGAAAGUAAACCCUUUGGGUGGAUUUUAUUCACCAGGUAUAUCUAGCCAUCACAAAGUUACAGUUAAUGUCAGUUUUAUUCAGUAGACAUUUUAUCAAUGCCUUAAUGUGACAUGUUAUGACCACACCAUUUACAGACAAUGAGCAAUAAAGCAAAGUGAUCAAGGUUUGUGUCGAAAGUGAUGCUGGAUUAUGUAUUGGAGACAAGAGUGAGUUUAUUUUAGCUUUUUGUUUUACACUGACUUGUAAACAGUUCUGUUGAUAACAUGCAAAUAUAUUUAAUUUUUAUUCCU